AUGUCACAUUCCGGUGCUGCCAUUUUCAAGAAGGUUUCAGGGAUAAUCGCUAUUAAUGAAGACGUGUCUCCUGCAGAAUUGACGUGGAGGUCUACAGAUGGUGACAAGAUCCAUACAGUUCCAUUGUCCACCAUCGACAAACUGCAAGCUACUCCAACUUCAAGUGAAAAGAUGAUGUUGAGGCUGAUUGGUAAAGUGGACGAAUCAAAAAAGCAAAAAGAUAACGAAGGGAACGAAGUCUUGCCGAAACCGCAAUCUCAUAUGUUUUCGUUCAACAAUAGAACGGUCAUGGAUAAUAUUAAGAUGACUUUACAGCAGAUCAUUUCCCGUUAUAAGGAUACAGACAUAUAUGAAGAGAAGAGAAGAAGAGAGGAAUCUGCGCAAAACACAGAGACACCGAUGAGCCCCUCUCCCGCGGAGACAGACACUCCAACGCCACAUCUGGAUACACCACAUCUGAAUAAUGGAGCUCCGCUAAUCAAUACAGCCAAACUGGAUGAUUCGUUGUCCAAGGAUAAAUUACUGAUUAAUCUAAAACUCCAGCAAUCUUUGUUAAAGGGUAACAAACUACUGAUGAAGGUUUUCCAAGAAACGGUCAUCAAUGCUGGUUUACCCCCACUGGAGUUUUGGUCUACUAGAAUUCCGCUGUUAAGAGCCUUUGCUCUAUCCACUUCGCAAAAAGUAGGGCCCUAUAACGUUUUGUCCACUAUCAAACCAGUGGCCUCGUCGGAAAAUAAAGUCAAUGUUAACCUGUCAAGGGAAAAAAUCUUGAACAUUUUUGAAAACUAUCCCAUUGUAAAGAAAGCAUACACUGACAAUGUCCCGAAAAAUUUCAAAGAGCCAGAAUUUUGGGCAAGAUUUUUCUCCUCGAAAUUGUUUAGAAAAUUAAGAGGUGAAAAGAUUAUGCAAAAUGACAGAGGUGAUGUGAUCAUCGAUAGGUACUUGACGUUGGAUCAAGAAUUUGACAGAAAGGAUGACGAUAUGCUAUUGCAUCCAGUGAAAAAAAUUAUAGAUUUGGACGGAAAUAUACAAGACGAUCCAGUAGUACGAGGUAAUAGGCCGGAUUUUACUAUGCAGCCAGGUGUAGAUAUCAAUGGUAACAGUGACGGGACAGUGGACAUCUUAAAGGGUAUGAAUAGGUUAAGCGAAAAAAUGAUUAUGGCUUUGAAAAACGAAUAUUCCAGAACGAAUUUACAGAGCAAAUCGAAUAAUGCGAACGAUGAUGAAGAUGAAGAUAGGGACGAAAGAAAUGAACUAAAAAUUGAUGACUUGAACGAGAGUUACAAGACCAAUUAUGCCAUCAUACACCUCAAAAGAAAUGCACACGAAAAAACAACGGACAAGGAUACAGACGACGUGGCACCAAAGAAAAAGGCGGAUUUGAAUGUUUCUAACCAACAAAUGCUGCAACAAUUAUCGUUGGUUAUGGACAAUUUGAUCAAUAAGCUAGACUUAACGCAAGUGGUUCCCAAUAAAGAGGUGAGUAACGGUAUCAACAAAAGAGUCAUAACCGCAAUCAAGAUCAACGCUAAGCAGGCAAAACACAAUAAUGUCGACUCGGCACUCGGCGCUUUUGUAGGCACCACCUCUCAGGCAAACGAAUCGGAAGUGAAAAGUGACCUCCCAGUAGACUUGUUAGAGAGUUGCAGAAUGCUACACACCACGUGCUGUGAAUUCUUGAAGCAUUUCUAUAUCCAUUUCCAAAGCGGUGAGCAAAAGCAAGCCGCCACCGUCAAGAAGCUUUAUAACCAUUUAAAGGAUUGCAUUGAAAAGCUGAACGAGCUGUUUCAAGAUGUUCUCAAUGGUGACGGCGAGCCUAUGUCGAAUACAUGCACAGCCUAUUUGAAGCCAAUUCUAAACUCUAUCACUCUUGCCACAGACAAAUAUGACGAGUGUUACGACGAGUAUAACAGCUCGAACGGUGCUACAUAA